UGAUCAGUGGAGGUCUGGAUGGAUUCAGCUCCAGCUCUCCUCCUCUGAUGCUCCUGAAAUGCUGCCUGGACUCAGCCGAAACCUUUUCAUUCUCAUGUUCAGGCUGCACCAGGAUCUCUCGUAGACUGUCGAUUUCCUCCUGCAGAGAAAGAAAAAAGCAGCAUUUUUCUGAAGAACAUGGACAAAGAGAGAAAAUCCUCUCAACAGUACGGCUCUCUGGAGAAGACGCAGAUUGUGCAGGGAGCAGCAGAGAAAUCAGCUGAAGAUGUCGUUUCCAUGGCCGACUCCACAAUUACCAUCGAGGACAUCGAAGGAGAGCUGUUCAGAAUCGAGCGGAUACGAGACAUCCUCGUACGGAGAGAAUCCGAGCUGAGAUACAUGAUGGAUGACAUCCAGCUCUGCAAAGAAAUCACACGGCUGAAGCAGGAGCUGCAGAAACUGGUGUCAAUUCCAGACAAAGACAAGUCCAAAGAGGAUCGGGAGAGGGAAGAGGAGCUGCUGCAGCAGAUCAACAAGCUGGUGGAGACCAGAGACUUCCUAGUGGAUGAUGUGGAGUUUGAAAGGUUGAGGGAAAGAGAGGAAGACAGAGAGAUGGCAGCCUUCUUACAGGCCAGAUUUCCCAAAGCGCUCGCUGCAAAAGGUGCAUUGCAAAGUCAAAAGGUGGCAUCCAAAUCCCAGCAGACAUCAGCACCUUUUAUCACUAAAACUGGACUUACGCUACUGAAAGACUGCUGCGGCUUCACCUGCUCCGUCAUGUAACACACUGGAUUCUAACUGCAGGUGUGUGUGCGUGCGUGCGUGCGUGCGUGCGUGCGUGCGUGCGUGCGUGCGUGCGUGCGUGCGUGUGUGUGCGCGCGCGCGUGUGUGUGUGUGUGUGUGAUGCAUCUGUUGUGUGUGUCUGCCCUUUCCAGAAAGACUCUGUGCAUUAAUUCUCAUAUAUGCUCACAUAAUGAAGGGGGCAUGUAUUGAAAUACUUAAUGUAAAAUACUUAAUACUCUAUGUGUCUUGCAGCAGGAGAGCUGAUAUACUAAUGAUUCCUGCCCAGUUAAGGUAAUUAGAUAUUACGACGGCUGCUCUGACAGCGCAAUUAUCCGUUUGUGACGUAUUAGACGGUGUAAAUGUGGACGUCCCUCAGGGAGAAAACUACACCUAACUAUCUCCCAUUUGCUGUAGUAGCCAAUUAUUAUAAUUGUUUGGACUUUAACUGGGCAUUAUUUGAAGUGAUUCAUCUUUUUUUAGGUAAUACGCUUACGGUCUGUGUUUUGUAAAAAGGGAACGUCACAAGCAGUAUAAGAUCAAAAGAUAAUAAAUGUGUCCAUGAUAGUAUCAUUUUUUGUGACAAUGACUGUAGAAUCUUUGUAAUGUUGUUACAAUAAAGACACAUAUAAUGCUCCUCA